AAAAAAAUCAUCAACAAAAUGUCGAAACGCGAUCAGGAUGUGGAACUCGUCGAUUAGCAAGCUAGUUAAAUUUCUUGUGCUUUUGUUUAUUGCGUAUCUUUUAGACAAAACUGUUAUUGCAUCUACAGGCGAAUACAUCGAUUACAUUUUAUGCAGAAAUUGUGGACAUGAAAUCAUACACCCAUACCACUUGAUUCAAAUGCCUAGCAAGCUAGCUCACAGACAAAGGAACGACACAAUUGGGGGACGAAAUGAAACGUUAAUACAACUAUUCAAAAACCCAGAUGGUGUAUAUUUUGAAGUAAUCACAGCUACCAAGGCAAAUGUCACAGAAACGUCACAGUCGUCAGACUUGAUGACAUGGUUUCCAGGAUACAUUUGGACGAUUUGUGUUUGCCCCAUGUGCCUUAAACACAUAGGAUGGAAAUAUCAGAUGACAACCUCAGAAAAUAAACCUCUGUCUUUUUAUGGAAUCAUUCUGGCCAAUGUCUUACAGGAAUCAGAGGCAGAGUCCAUUAUACACAUUCCCAGGGCCUACACAAGCUGACACUGAACUGUGUAAUUUACGCAAUAAAUGAAUGGGAUUGGGCAGCAAAUAUAUUCUAUUUUUAUUCUUAACAUAAAUGCAGACUUGUGUUUGGAUUUAGACGUCUUAACUCACCUGAGCAUAGGGCUCAAGUGAGCUUUUCUGAUCAAAAUUUGUCUAUUGUCUUUUGAUGUCAUUGUAAAAAAAUCAGAUUUCUCAAAAUGGUUUAUAUUGUUAUUUUCCUCUAGUAAGGGAAUAAAUGUCCGCAUCACUUCACAACAGCGUGAUUUGAUUAUAAGUGUGUUCAUUUUAAGCUUGUUUUACUCUGUAUUGGUACAUUGUGUAUAUAUUGAAAUUUCAAUACUUGUAUGUUGAUUCAAAGUAAACACGAGCUUCUCCAGUAGGUUGUGUGAUAUCAUUAAAUUGUCUGGUGAU